AUGCGCGGAGGACGCAUGUACUUGCAGAUCCCAAAACUGCACGAGAAAUACGGUCCAAUCGUUCGAAUCACUCCGAACGAGAUUCACCUGAGCGACCCUGGACAAUGCCAAAAGAUAUACUCCGUCGGAUCACGGUACGGGAAGGAUCCUAUCUUCUAUGGCGCCUUUGGCACCGCAAAGUCUACCUUUACGACGGCAAGCCCGGACCUCCACCGCAUCAAGCGAUCAGCGCUAAAUCCCUUCUUCUCACGGAAGAGAGUACUCGACUUGGAGGAUAUAGUGCGACAAAAGGCGAACAAGUUAGUAUCACGCAUGCGACAGGCAUUUGAAUCCACGGGCCACAUCGACCUGCAUCACGGGUUCAGGGCGAUAUCGAUCGACGUAAUCACCGAUUAUGCAUUCGACCAAUGCUACAACUUCCUGGACGAUGAAGACUUUGGCGUCGACUUUUUCAAUAUGAUGCGAGGACUCGGACCCGCAUUCUGGUUCUUCCAGCAAUUCCCAGCGCUGCAGGCGAUUGCGGCCCGCACGCCUUUCUGGCUCGCCAGAUUGACGAGCGGAUCGUUGACGAGAAGAAUGAUGCAUCAGCAGGAAUCUUAUCGUCAUGUCCAACGGGUCAAAGACGCCGUAGACCGAGGCGAGAAGGUGCCGCGCAUGACGAUCUUCCACCAGCUUCUCUCGCCCGACGCCGUGGAGGGACAUGUGGUACCAACAGUGGACGAUCUCACGGACGAAGUUUACAUUAUCCUCGCCGCAGCGGCAGAUACGACGGGCAAUGCCAUGACAAUCGCAACGUACAACGUGGUGCGCAAUCCGAACAUUUACGACCGGCUGACGACCGAGUUGAGGGAGGCAUUCCCUGAUCCGGAUGAUGAUAUGGACUAUGUGGUUUUAGAGAAGCUACCAUACCUGACUGCUGUUAUCAAGGAAGCUUUGAGACUGUCUUUCGGAGUCAUUGGUCGGCUUCCCCGGGUUGUUCCAGAAACUGGAGCAGAGUUCAACAACUAUCAAGUGCCAGGAGGGACUGUUGUCAGCAUGAGCUCGUGGAUCAUGCACCACGAUCAGAAAUUGUUCCCCGAUCCCGAGAGAUUCGAUCCCGAUCGCUGGCUGGACCCCGACCACAGCCGAUAUCUGGAUAAAUACCUACUCGCUUUUGGAAAGGGAUCAAGACAAUGUGUUGGCAUGCAACUUGCUUAUUGCGAAGUAUAUACAACUCUAGGACACGUUUUCCGGCAGUUUGAUGACCUGACCACAGCACAUAAAUGCCGCGACGAGCUACUAUAUAAUGACUAUUUUUCUUCCUACCAUCCAGAGGAGAACAAUAAAUUUGUGUUUGAGAGAGCUUCCAAGGGCGUUUGGGGAUAA